AUUGACUAAUCUGCUUAGCUAUGCGUGAGAUCGUACAUAUUCAAGCUGGUCAGUGUGGUAAUCAAAUCGGUGCCAAAUUCUGGGAAGUUAUUUCCGACGAACAUGGCAUCGAUCCAACUGGAACAUAUCAUGGUGAUUCAGAUCUACAACUAGAACGAAUCAAUGUCUACUACAAUGAAGCAUCCGGUGGAAAAUAUGUUCCAAGAGCUAUUUUGGUUGAUUUAGAACCUGGCACCAUGGACAGUGUUCGUGCUGGACCUUUUGGUCAACUUUUCCGUCCGGAUAAUUUUGUUUUCGGUCAAAGUGGAGCAGGAAACAAUUGGGCUAAAGGUCACUAUACUGAAGGAGCUGAAUUAGUGGAUUCCGUUUUGGAUGUAGUAAGAAAAGAAGCUGAAUCUUGUGAUUGUCUUCAAGGAUUCCAGCUGACACAUUCACUUGGUGGUGGAACAGGUUCUGGCAUGGGAACUUUAUUGAUCUCAAAGAUUCGUGAAGAGUAUCCUGAUCGUAUUAUGAAUACUUUCUCGGUUGUUCCUUCACCAAAAGUAUCCGACACUGUUGUGGAGCCUUACAAUGCGACAUUGUCUGUUCAUCAACUGGUUGAAAAUACCGAUGAGACCUAUUGCAUUGAUAAUGAAGCACUUUAUGACAUUUGCUUCAGAACUUUGAAACUCACAACUCCCACUUAUGGUGAUCUGAACCAUUUGGUCAGUGCAACUAUGUCUGGUGUGACAACGUGCCUCAGAUUCCCUGGUCAAUUGAAUGCUGAUCUUCGCAAGCUUGCAGUCAAUAUGGUUCCAUUCCCACGUCUUCACUUCUUUAUGCCCGGUUUUGCACCACUCACCAGCCGUGGUAGCCAACAAUAUCGUUCUCUGACUGUUCCUGAAUUGACUCAACAAAUGUUCGAUGCAAAGAAUAUGAUGGCCGCUUGUGAUCCACGUCACGGACGUUAUCUCACUGUAGCCGCUAUUUUCCGUGGACGUAUGUCCAUGAAGGAAGUCGACGAACAGAUGCUGAAUGUGCAGAACAAGAAUUCAAGUUACUUCGUUGACUGGAUUCCCAACAAUGUGAAGACCGCUGUUUGUGAUAUCCCACCACGUGGUCUUAAAAUGUCCGUCACCUUUAUCGGUAACAGUACUGCUAUCCAAGAGUUGUUCAAACGAGUCUCUGAACAAUUCACAGCUAUGUUCCGCCGAAAGGCUUUCUUGCAUUGGUACACUGGUGAAGGUAUGGACGAGAUGGAAUUUACCGAAGCGGAAUCUAACAUGAACGAUCUGGUGAGCGAAUAUCAACAAUACCAAGACGCUACCGCUGAGGAUGAGGGCGAGUUCGAGGAGGAAGCUGAAGAUGCGUAAAUCAGAAAAAAUACUAACUGUUCUGCUUAUUCCUUUCAAUAAAUAAAUUUUUCUGCUU